GAGUAAACAUCAGUCAGUUCUCGGCUACGACUCGUGGAAGAAACACUGGUGCUGUGAAGUGCGAGAUUCCUUCCUUGAUGGGUGAUUUUCGAGCAGAAAAUGUAUGGUGGCGCGGAGACGAGCGAGCAGGAGACUCGGAAGGAUAUCUGGAAGUCGCCAAAGAUGGGCUGUUGCGAUACCCGAGUUCACUCGGCCGAGUCCGAGCGGGGGAGUCCUGACCUCCUGUCGGAAGGACUUUCACGGGACCGAAAUUGCACUAAUAUGUUGUGGAUUAUCGUUUUAGUUUUGUACACUGCGUUCCUGUUGUUUAUUUCUGUCGAGGCGGUCCGAUACACGAAUCCAUGGAGAUAUAUUUACGGGACAGAUGCGAACGGCGACGUGUGCGGAAUGAAAAACCUCAAGUCCGGACGAGAUCUCAGCAAUCGACCUUUUCUCGACUCGGAGUCGGCGGUCUGCGUGGCCAACUGUCCUCCCGGUCAAAUAGUCACCCGCAUGCACCGAUGUUCGCAACCGGAGUCAAAACCACAGCAGAAACCGCUGAAGCGACCCGGAACGGUGUCGGCUCUGGAAAAAUCAAGCCGGGAAGCAAUGAACGUGAGUCGUGAUUCGCUAUACAGGUUCUCGAUCCUCCCUGAGAAGCACGCCCGACAAGUUGAAGGUUUCCUGGAGAACGUCGUUCAGGACAUAUCUCUCUGCCGACUCGAAUUGCUGUACAUGUGCCUGAUUGCGUUAGGCUGCAGCAUUCUAGUGAUUAUUCUAUUGAGGUUCUUCACGGGUUUCAUCGUGUGGUUCUUCUUGAUAACUAUAACGGGCGUGGCGUUGGGCUCGACAAUGUUCCUGUGGUUACAAUACGAUUUGAGUCGCAAACAGGGAAAGCCCACGGGACUCUUCUAUUAUGGAGCGAUAGCUGCGACUGUCGGAACGGCGAUGUAUUUGCUCAUUCUUCUGGUUCUCCGGAAACGCAUACAUUUGACGGCGACCUUGUUCCACGAAGCCGGCCGUGCGCUGUCGUCCCUUCCAUUUCUAUUCUUGCAACCGAUCUGGACUCUCCUGAUCACGGUCGGGUUUCUCGCGCUGUGGCUCUAUUCUUUCAUGUACGUGGUGGCCGCGGCGGCAGACGUCCACCGGCGAGAGGAGAGAUAUAAUUCCACCGAAGGAGCCAUGGUGUACACCGGCGACAAAAACUUCGACAAACAUCUUGCCAAUAUAUUUCUGAGUGGGCCGGUGCUACAUAUGUUAGGAUUCCUCUGGUGGACUCGCUUUUUCUUAUCGUGUCAACACUUUGUCAUCGCAGGGUCCGUCGCUGCGUGGUACUUCUCUAGGAAUCGGAAGAGGCUACAUCUCCCAAUUUUGCGGGCGACCGGGAUCCUCGUCGCCUACCAUCUGGGCUCAAUCAUCUUAGGAUCUCUCCUAACAGCUUUUCUACGUUUACUUAGAAUUCUCCUAGCAAUCGUGAAUCGUGUCGCCGCUCAGGACCGCUGCUCACACGCGUGUACGGUGUGCUGCAGCUGUUGCUUAGCGAUAUUCGAACGUUUUCUGAAGUACAUCAAUCGGAAUGCGUACAUACUGAUAGCCAUCCAUGGCUAUCCCUUCUGUCAAGGGGCCCAUGAGGCUUUCAGCUUGUUGACAUCGAAUAUACUUCGGCUGUCAGCCAUCAACUCAGUCGGAGAUUUCCUCCUCUUCCUUGGCAAGGUCGCGAUAGUCGCGGCAACUGUCGUAUCGGGUAUCGAAAUUCUCCAGGCCAAAGAUCUUCAGGAGAGCGGGUUGUCGUACCAUUGGGUACCGGUGGCGUUUGGUGGCGUUUUCGCCUAUGUCAUAGCCGACUGCUUCUUGUCCGUGUAUGAGAUGGUGAUCGACACUCUCUUUCUAUGCUUCUGUGAAGAUACUCGUCUCCAUGAUGGAAUCAAUCAACCUUACUUCAUGAGUGUUUCUCUUUUGAAUUUCAUUAAGAAGAGUCGACGGAAGAUGAUUCGCAAGGUCUCUUCGGAAAGCGAGAGGAAAUCUCCACCGAAAUACUGAUUCACCGAUCGGAUCAGAGCUGUCGAUUAUAGACUUCCCAGCUCUAUAUCCCUCUACCAAACUCGUCGAGCGCAUGGGGUUCGAGCUCAGCCUCUGGGAACGAUGUUCUCUCAAUCGAGCCCAAAGACGAAGAAAACAUAUGCAAUCGCCGAUCACCGCAUUUAUAGAGUGGUGCUCUAUUUUUAUAAACGUGCAAGCUUGUGACACAUC